CAACUUAACAGCUUUUCCAGGAAAGUAAAGUUUAACCACAACACUGUAACACUCUGUCCACCCUGGGACUUGAACCAGUGACAGUCUCCCAUCCCACUGUGCUGCCAAGAUGGUCCUGCUUAUCUUACAUGCAGUGAGAUCCCCAUAGACCACAAUUAACCUAUUGGUUUCAAUUGGCAAAAAAUCACAGAGUUGAUGCACUAGUCACAGUUCUCUAUACCAUUAAUGAAGGGAGGGCUCAAUAUUCGCAAAUUUGCGCAUAUGCGCACAAAUUUUCACAUAAGCACAAAAAAAGCGAAUAUUGGUAAUUAUGAAUAUAUAGUGCUAUAUUUGCAAUAUUCGCGAAUAUGCUAUAUUCGUGAUUAAAAUUCGAAUUGCGAAUAUUUGUGAACAACACUAGUCACUGCAAAUACAGUGAAGGAGUUUAAACAUGCAUGGGAUAGGCAUAAGGCUAUCCUUCAUAUAAGAUAGGGCCAGGGACUAUUAUUGGGAUUCAGAUUAUUGGGCAGACUAGAUGGGCCAAUUGGUUCUUAUCUGCCGACACAUUCUAUGUUUCUAUACUGUAUGGAUAUCAGAAAAAUGGUUCCAAGCUCUUAUUUCUUUAUUAAAUUCACUACUUUGGGGCAGGAAAGCACGAGAAUGAAAUAUGUUUCUUUAACGUUAGCUGAGCACGAUGGGGGUUGAGCACUUUUUUUUUUAGGUACUUUUUAGCACAAAAAUUGCAGACUAUUAUGAGAAGGAGGGAAAAUGUAGUCCUAUUUUUUCUCUCUAAGGGUAUGUUCAAACUACGGAAUUCCCGCGGAAUUCCACGGGCGGAAUUCCGCUAGCCGAAUUCCACGGGCGGAAUUCCGCAAGCCGAAUUCCGCGGUGUGAACUUAACAAUUAACAGCUUUAAAACAGGAUUAGAUACAUUCCUGGAACAAAAUAACAUUAAUGCUUAUGAAGAAAUAUAAAAUCCCAUCCCUUCCCCAAUAUCGCGCCACACCCCUACCCCUUAAUUCCCUGGUUGAACUUGAUGGACAUAUGUCUUUUUUCGACCGUACCAACUAUGUAACUCUGUAACAUUAGUGUGAAUGGGUUUCCGCGAGACCCGUUCACACUGCGGAAUUUCAGCCGCUGAAAUUGUUCCGCGCAAAGAAAAAACAUGUUCAUUCUUUGCACGGAAGUCCGCGAGCACUGCAUAGCUGUCAAUGGUGACGGCUCAGUGCCGCCCGGUCCUACCGCCGCCGCCGGCUGCCAGUCUGAAUCUCCACUCGCUGAAUUCAGCGAGCAGAGAUUCCGUUCACAUACUGUAGUGUGAACAUACUCUAAUGGGUCGUUAUAAGGAUAUUUUUGAGAUUUUGGAAGCUGGGAUACUCACUACACCCAUGCAUAUCUAUAUAAUAAAGUAUAGGAGGAAGCUAAAAAAAAUUUGAAAUCACAUGGAGUUUUGACUUUACUUCAUUAUGGUCGAAUAAAGCACUUAAAGAAUUCCUUAAAAUUAAAGAUUCACUCUUUUGAAUGAAAGGGGCUUAUUUAUGUAAAUCAAUUAUACGCUUUAGGUCAAAUAAAGUCGUUUGAAGAGAUAGCCCAUAAGUAUGGGGUGGCAGACAAUCAGAAACAUUGUUUUUUACAAAUAAGUAAUGCAGAUCAUAAACCAAUAAAAGGAGAGAUUGGAGAUUUCAGGGAUUCUAUAUAUAAGAAAAGUUUAAUUAGACUAUUUCCUUAUGCGUAGUUGCUGUCUGGGCAUGCUGGGAGUUGUCGUUCUGCAGCGGUUGGGGGUUCACAGCUUGAAGACCACUGCUAUAGAGGGUGCAAAUGUAUCUGAGCCCUGGAACUCAAAUAAUGUGAAAUGAUCAAAAUGGAGCCCCUGCACUAAUUACUUGGGUUCUGGGGUCUGUAAGGUCCAUAGUAAAAACAUCAGGUUCUGUCCAUAGCAGAUACUAAAUCAUGGCAGCUCCAAUAAACAAGCAGUCAUUCUGACAUGUCACAUGUGAUGUCAUAGACAGCUGGAGUCCUGACAUUCCACUGACAGCCGCCCGAGCCUUCAGUCUGUAGAUUGUUUUGGUGAGAUUAGCGUCUUUUUAUUCUACUUGUCUGAAAUGGAGCUAAAAGGUUUGGGGUUCGUCCCCCUCCUAUUGGCAUUUUGGUGUGUGGCCUGGCUUGCCACCAGCUACAUCAUGACGGUCAUCCUCGGCCAUGCCGCCUCGCCACUGAUGAGCAUCAGUGACGUGGGAAAUUUCUUUCCUGAAAGCAUAUUAUUCAGAAUUGGAUUCAUAGGGAUGUCCAUUGGCACUUUGGUACUAACCUUUCUUAUUUAUAAGUAUAUGGUUAUGCAUACUGAAGAGUUCAUUGGUCGUCAGGUCCUGAUCCAGAGGAUCCUGCUGGCCAUUGUGUGGGCCUCCUGUUUUGCCACAGCUGUCAUGCAUGUAUUUUCCCCCAAAGAAUAUCCCAGGAUACACUUUGUCAGCACGAUAAUUUCAAUUACAUGUGAAGCCUUAUACUACCUUGGGCAGUCCAUCCAGAUGUAUAAAUUACCAGGAGCAAAAAAAGUCAUCCACCAUAGUAGAUGCACCUGCUGCGGCCUGACUUUUGUCUGUGUAAUUUUCUAUUUUGGAUAUGAAACAUUAAAGGAUUUAUUCUAUAAUGAUGAAGACUGGGACGAGAUCCGUGAAAUCCCCAUCAUAAUCAUCGAGUGGGUGAUGCUUCUACUGAUCCUGAUAAACAUUGUGACCUAUUAUUCCACCAUGCAGAGGUUAUUGUUGACCGUCUCCAGAAACAGCUGCACACUCUCUCUUAGAGUAAAAAUUGAUGACUUUGAGGUGUAGACCACCACGUGGGCCAUCAAGUGGACUUCUGGGAGAAAUACUGCACAGGAUACGGAAAAACAUCUAAAGAAGAAUAACUGGGGGACUAUAUAUGGUCCAGUAAUCAUGACACAAUAAUAUGAGCUGGUGAUAUUACCUAUACAAAAAAAAAAAAAAAAAAUAUUGGUGUGUGAAGUGUAAUACCUAGGUAGAAAAACAGAAUCAAAUUCAUCAUUAUAACCACCCUCUGCAUUACCCUGUUUAUUAUUUUUCAA